UACAUGUCCAAUAACGUCUUUUAUCCAUAUCAUCAAAACACAGACUUUUGGUAUCUCUCGGGAUUCAAUGAACCAGAUUCUGCCAUGGUCCUAGAACGACUCGGAACGAGGCUAUAAGCAAACCAUGUUUGUACCUCCCAAGAGCCCUGCUGAUGAAUUGUGGGAUGGUCCGCGUACUGGUGUUGAUGGUGUGAAGGAAAUCUUUGCUGCUGAUGAGGCAUUUGAUAACGGACGGUUCCCUAUGUUCCUCAAGGAUGCGUUGCUUUCUAAACAUGUUUUCAUGGACAGCCCUGUACUAAAACCUUCUAUCCUUUCUGAAAGCACGGCAAUGAAGAUGGUUGAUUUUGGUAAGUCAUCCAAAUGGCUUGACUAUAUAAAAUCCAAGACUCAACGUGCCGUCAAACCGCUUUCCGUGUUGGUUCAAGAACUACGUAUUAUCAAAAGUGAGAACGAAAUUGAUCUCAUGAAGAAAUCCGGUAAUAUCAGUGCCAAGGCAUUUAUUGAGGCAAUGAAAUGGACAAGUCCUGAAUACACUGAAGCACAAUUAUGGGCCAAGUUGGACUAUGAGUGCCGUAUGCGUGGCUCCAGUAUACUCGCCUAUGUCCCUGUUGUGGCAAGUGGACCUAAUGGACUCUCCAUGCAUUAUGUCCGCAACGAUAUGCAGAUGAGGGAUGGUGAUCUUGUACUAGUAGAUUGUGGCGGUGAAUACCAAAGCUAUGCCAGUGAUAUAACGCGAACAUGGCCUGUAAACGGCAAGUUUACUGAACCUCAAAAGAAACUUUAUCAGGCCGUCCUCAACGUAAAUAAGGCCUGCAUUAAGCUAUGUACUGAAAAAGCCAACAUCUCAUUACACGGUAUUCACUCUGUAUCAACUCGCCUUAUGAAAGAAGAACUGGCCAAGAUUGGAUUCAAAACGAGCACAUGGGAACUCGAACGGAUUCUGUAUCCACACCAUGUCGGUCACUAUCUCGGUCUGGAUGUCCACGAUUGCCACGAUCUGGAUCGCUCACGCAAAUUAAAGCAAAAUAUGGUAGUGACCAUUGAACCCGGUAUCUACGUACCUUUUGACGACCGCUUCCCUCGCGAAUACCAAGGCACUGCAAUUCGGAUUGAAGACAACUGUGUCGUGGGCGCUGAAGAGCCUUAUGUGCUUACUGCCACCGCACCUAAAGAAAUUGUAGAUAUUGAAUAUUGUUGCGCUAACAAUUAAGAAGAAACAUCAACCAUCUUUAUAGAUAAAUUGUAUCAAAGAGACCCACAAAAAUAAAUAGUAAUAUCUAGUAAAUACUAUAUGAUAAUGCUAGUAUUAAUCCUGCAAUUGUAUAACCAACAAUCUUAAAAGGGAGAAAAAUACAAGAACAUUUAUUUCAAUUACGGUUAUCACUAUCUAAUACAACGUCCUAACCCUAUAUCGGUAAAAAAAAAGAACAAUGGUCAAUAUUAGCGUGCGCUUAUAAAAUACAGAAAGAAAAAUAUAAUUCUAUGUAAAGUACUAUACCUCAAAAGAGUUGGCCUUGUGCUUAGGUACAAAGGUAAAGUCUUCAGGAGCAGGGCCAAGAAGAAGCUCACUACAAAUAUCAAACUUGUUAGCAUGU